CAAGAGCAGUGUUCCAAAUCGACGAUACCCUGCAUUCAAGAGACCACUUCAUUUUUCUAAACGCCGGUAGUGUAGUUCGCUGUUCGACGCAGGCUGAAUUUGAAACUCGACCGCUGCAAUGAAGCUCCUGCAGGCUUUCUCACUCAUGUCCGCGGCGGCGGCGCUGUUGCCGACUGUGCAAGCUUACUCUUUCAACGACUUUGCCAGCAAAACUACCGAGCCAGUCGUCGAGGUAAGCACCGGUCUAACUGCUGACCAGGAAAGCCGCAUUAUCGGUGGCCUGGACGCGGACAUCGACAAUUACCCGUACGUCGCGAGUGUACGCAUCGAUGGUGUAACGGUCUGUGCUGCCACGCUCAUUGCGCCUCAAUACCUCCUCACAACGGCACACUGCGUCAAGACGGACGAGAUUGCGAUGACCGCUUCGUUCGAUACGGAGUACAGCUUCGGCAAUGACGGCGAUCAGGUAAAGAUCGUCAAAGGAUUCAAGCACCCGCUGUACAACAAGAAGAAGAACCAGUACGACGUGGGGCUACUGAAACUGGAGAAACCGAGGAAGGAAAAGCUUGCGGCUUUACCUGCCGCUGACGGUUCGGACGAGAAGGUCGGUGCGAAGGCUAUUGUUCUCGGUUGGGGCCAAACAGAGAAAGCUUCCAGUAGCUUUAAACUUCAGCAGGCCAACAUUCCGAUUAUCUCGAAUGAGGAGUGCGGCAAGUUCAAGUCGUACAAGAAUCAGCUUACGGAAGGUAUGCUCUGCGCCGGCAAUGGUAAAGGCAAAGGGUCAUCGAAAACCUCGCAAACUCCGGCUAGCAAGUCUGCAAAGUCUACGACGUCGAAGACAAGUGCUACGACUGCGCCGGUUACUGAUUCUUCCUUGGGAUCUUCGGCCACUCAGCAGACGAACGGACUGACAUUUUCUUUUGAUGGCUCCGCAGCAGCGCAGCAGGGCAGUACGGCUACCAAGCAACACGAUGUCGAGAGACAGAAGAAGGCCGACGCUACGCAUGGGGCGUUCAACUCGACUGUGAAACGUCAGGUUGACGUCGUGAACCGUGGAGGGUGCCAAUGCGUGGCAUUCAACAUCGAGUUGGAUUCGCCCUAUCGCUACAUGCACCAUGUUGGAGUCACAACAGCCAGAAGGAAUCUACAAGACGCUGGAAAAGGCAGAGCAAGCUGCUAUCGCUCUACAGUUGAGUCACUGUGGAAAAUAUAG